AUGGACGGCAGGGCGCGCGGGCUCACCCUUCCCUCCCCCCCUAGGAAGAGGACCCUGUCCCGGAGCGCGUGCCUGGCGCUGGCCCUGCUGGUGGCGGUGACCGUGUUCCAGCGCGGCCUGGCCCCCGGGCAGCUGCUGCAGCAGCCAUCGUCGCCCCCGGGGCCCGACGCCCCCCGGUCCCCUCCGAAGCCCAGCGGACGGCGGCUGAGCCCCGACGGCUUCUGGAAGGACCCCAAGGAGACGGGCGCAGCGGCGGUGGCGGCCCCCACGGACGAAGAGGCCCCCCCCGGAGGAGGAGGGCGGCCCCGGGCGUGGGACGUGACGGCCGCGAACUGCACGGCCAACACCAACCUGACGCGCCAGGCCUGGUUCCAGGGCCUGGAGCCGCACUUCCGCCAGUUCCUGACCUACCGCCACUGCCGCUACUUCCCCAUGCUGCUGAACCACCCGGAGAAGUGCGCGGGCGGCGACGUGUACCUGCUGGUGGUGGUCAAGUCGGUGAUCACGCAGCACGACCGCCGGGAGGCCAUCCGGCAGACGUGGGGCCGCGAGCGCGCGUCGGCGGGCGCGGGCCGGGGCGCCGUGCGCACCCUGUUCCUGCUGGGCACCGCCUCCAAGCGGGAGGAGCGCGGCCACUACCAGCAGCUGCUGGCCUACGAGGACCGCGUGUACGGCGACAUCCUGCAGUGGGACUUCCUCGACAGCUUCUUCAACCUGACCCUCAAGGAGGUGCACUUCCUCAAGUGGCUGGACAUCUACUGCCCCCGCGUCCCCUUCGUCUUCAAGGGCGACGACGACGUCUUCGUGCACCCGGCCAACCUGCUGGAGUUCCUGGCCGACCGGCGCCCCGACGAGGACCUGUUCGUGGGCGACGUGCUGCGCCACGCGCGGCCCAUCCGCCGCAAGGACAACAAGUACUACAUCCCGCCCGUGCUGUACGGCAAGGCCAGCUACCCGCCCUACGCGGGCGGCGGCGGCUUCCUCAUGGCCGGGGGCCUGGCCCGCCGCCUGCGCCGCGCCUGCGACACGCUGGAGCUCUACCCCAUCGACGACGUGUUCCUGGGCAUGUGCCUGGAGGUGCUGGGCGUGCAGCCCACGGCCCACGAGGGCUUCAAGACCUUCGGCAUCUCCCGCGACCGCGGCAGCCGCAUGAACCGGGAGCCCUGCUUCUACCGCGCCAUGCUGGUGGUGCACAAGCUGCUGCCCGCCGAGCUGCUGGCCAUGUGGGGCCUGGUGCACGGCAACCUCACCUGCGCGCGCCGCCUGCAGGUGCUCUGA